GAGGCAUCACCAGCUCGUCAUCCUCCUCGUUUGCUCAACACUUUUUGUUGCUGCAGGCUCUCACAGUACGUGUGUGUGUGUGUGCGUGUGUUUGUGUGUGUGUUUCUAGUUUGUUCAUUGUAUUUUUCUACUGCAAACUUGCUUCUUAUCGGAUACAUUUCUUCACUUGCACCUCCAAGUCAAAGCUGCUGAACACAGUUUGUGGAGAGGACUACUGUGUGGGAGGGAAGCUCGGAGAGGAGUUAAAAAGCAAGAGUGAGAGAAGAAGAAGAAGAAGAAGAAGAAGAAGAAGAAGAAAAGAAGACACAAACCUGGAGGAGGAAAAGGGCGUUCAUACUUCGAAGUAACCAUGGAAGUUCCUGGUAUGCAGAGCUCUCAGAUCGAUCCGGAGGAGUUGUUCACCAAACUGGAUCGCAUUGGAAAGGGAUCUUUUGGAGAGGUGUUUAAAGGUAUCGAUAAUCGCACUCAGAGCGUCGUUGCCAUCAAGACGAUUGAUCUGGAGGAGGCUGAGGAUGAGAUCGAGGACAUCCAGCAGGAGAUCACAGUUCUCAGUCAGUGCGACAGUCCGUACAUCACCAAGUACUACGGCUCCUACCUGAAGGGCAGCAAACUAUGGAUCAUCAUGGAGUAUCUGGGUGGAGGUUCAGCACUCGACUUGCUUCGGGCAGGUCCGUUUGAUGAGUCUCAGAUAGCCACCAUGCUGAAGGAGAUCCUGAAGGGGCUCGACUACCUGCACUCUGAGAAGAAGAUCCACAGAGACAUCAAAGCUGCCAACGUCCUGCUGUCGGAGCACGGCCAGGUGAAGCUGGCGGACUUCGGGGUGGCCGGUCAGCUGACGGACACGCAGAUCAAGAGGGAAACCUUCGUGGGAACGCCGUUCUGGAUGGCGCCAGAGGUCAUCCAGCAGUCCGCCUACGACUCCAAAGCCGAUAUUUGGUCGCUGGGCAUCACGGCCAUCGAGCUCGCCAAAGGGGAACCUCCGAACUCCGACAUGCAUCCGAUGAGAGUUCUGUUCCACAUCCCCAAGUCUCCUCCUCCGACGCUGAGCGGGGACUUCUCCAAGAGCUUCAAAGAGUUCACUGAGGCGUGCCUCAACAAGGACCCUACCUUUCGUCCGACAGCCAAAGAGCUCCUCAAACACAAGUUCAUCAUCAAACACUGUAAGAAGACGUCCUACCUCAGCGAGUUGAUUGACAGGUACAGGAGGUGGAAGGAGGAGGGGCACAGCGACAGCAGCUCUGAUGACUCAGACAGUGAGUCCAGUAAUAAGGAGAACAGCGAUUCACCUGAGUGGUCCUUCACCGUGCGUAAGAAGCCAGACGGCAGGAAGGCCCUCAAAGGAACGGUUCAGGAUCAGCUGACUAAAUCUGCCAGUCUGACCACAGUCAUCUCUCCAGUCUUCACUGAGUUGAAGCAGCAGCACAAGGAGCACUCUGAGCAGCGAUUGGCCAUCGAGGAGCUGGAACGCAACAUCCGAUUGGCUGAAGAUGUCUGUCCAGGCAUCACAGACAGGAUGGUCACACACAUCAUUGCCAGGUACCAGAAAUUCACGACCAACUGAAGGACUCGAGCACGGAUUGGAAAGUAAAGGAAGUGCGUGACGUGAAGAGAGACUGUGUCUCCGUACGGUGGCGCUGCUGGAGGAUUUGGAAACUGAGGAGAUUUGCUGUGCGAUGUCUCCUCGCUGUACACACACAUCACACACCAACACACACCGACACACACACACACACACACUACUAAUGUAAUAUAUACACUAUAUAUUUUAAAUGUAUAUAUAUAUUCACUGCUGUAGGUUGAAGACCUUCCUUCAAACAAAGUUGGAUUCGAAGCUUUUUUAAUCAACUGGUCUGAAGUUUUAAGAAAACAAUCUUAUUCAUAUUUGUGGUUCAUUUCCCUUUUUAGGGAAUGAACUCUCUUUUUAGUCCGACUUAAUUCAAACUUAAGUCCCUAAGUAAGUCUACGUAAGUUAUGUUUAAACUUUCUUAAAAUUAC